AUGUUAACUGAGUUAGGCGAGACGAAAUUAAACGAAAAUGCGGUUGCGGUCAGAGUAAAUAAGUAUCCGAACAGUGGUAGUCAAGCGAUAACCAGCAUCGAGCAACCUAAAAAAAAGAGUGACAACAAGUGCGCAUUAAAAAAGAGAAUAAAGACAGAAACAAAAAACAUUAUCAACAAGAAAAGAGAAUUUAAGUACAGUUCAUUAAGUAGCGACAAGACUGUUAAAUUCAUCAAUCUUUAA